UCCAGACGUCAUAUUUCCUCGACACGUUUGGCAGCUGGAGGUGAAAUCAUAAAUUAAUACUAGAUUUAGCGUGCGGCAUUGUAAUGUAUAGAUUUGGGACAGACGUUUAAAUAUUAGUUUCUGCAAGUGGAACGAAGUGGUUUGCAGAAGAGGAUGUCUUCCUUAAUUGACCCCCCUAUGAACUUAACGGACAUAUACCAGGAGCUGUGCCAGGCCCGCCACGUCUGUUGACUCAUCCAGCUGUAACGCAUAUAAUGUACUGGCUUAUAUGUGAAUUGUUUCAAAACAUCUCCUGCCAUGUUACUGAUGCAUCAUGAAACAGUGUUGUUUGAUGAAGGCAUUGUCUGUGUAGUUUUUUUCUACCUUUUCCCCCAGCAUUGUCCCAACCAUAUCCGUGGCAGCAGGAAGAAUUAAGUCCUCCACAAUAGCAUGGGGCUCGUCUGUCCUAGCCACUCGGUAGCUCACCAUAUGACGCUUCUAGCCUCUUCUUAUUAAUGAUUUGUGACAAUGCUGUGUCUGAAGAUGACCGCGAACGUGAGACCUGGCUCACUGUGGAUAUUACAUCAAAUCAGCCACCUGUCACCCAGACCUCCCAUUCGAAGCAUCUCCCACGCUCCCUUUGCCUGUGACCACCACAAAACAUACCGCAGCCACGUCCCUCUUCGGGUGGCCACAUUACCACGCCUCCGUCUUAGUCUGCCUCUCAAAUCGACUUUAUGCUUUCAGCCAUGUAGACCAGCAUCUACAACCAGUGGUACGGGCUGGUAUGAGAGCCUAGCAGACUCUACCCCUGUCCAUCUGACUGAGCAGCUACUGAUCUCUGUCCAUCAGACCACAGGUCUACCAUGGUGGGCCAGUAUCGUAUGCACCACUGUGGCCCUGAGGACAGUUGUCACACUGCCACUUGGAGCCUACCAGGCGGUCAUCAUAGCAAAGGUCUGUGUUGCAUCAAGAACCAAGCAUUAUAUUGUGGUCAUCAUAGCAAAGGUUGAAGCCCUGCAAGUGGAAAUAGCGGAGCUGGCUAAGAGGCUGCGCUACGAGAUCUCGGUGCGGGCCAAAGAGAAGGGCUGGACGGAAAAACACUGCCGAUACCAAUUCAAGAAGAACCUGAAGAGGAUAGUGUCUGAGCUGUACGUGAGGGAUAACUGCCACCCCUUCAAGGCCAGUCUGCUGGUAUGGGUGCAGCUGCCCAUGUGGGUAUGCCUCUCCCUGGCCCUGCGUAACCUGAGCCUGGGGGUGUCUGAUGCUGCCACCGCGUUGCAGACAGAGCUGGCAGUAGGGGGAACUCUAUGGUUCUCCGACCUGACAUUGCCUGACUCUACCUGGAUCAUGCCUGUCUCUCUGGGCCUCAUCAACCUGCUCAUCACAGAGGUAUUUGCUCUGCGGAGGAUGGAAGCGUCCAAGUUCCAGAAGUAUGUGACCAACUUUAUCAGAGGGAUCUCUCUGCUGAUGAUACCCAUAGCUGCCACCGUGCCCUCCUCCAUGGCUCUGUACUGGCUAAGCUCCAGUUGUGUGGGACUGGGCCACAACCUGCUCCUGCGCUCGCCUCGCUUCCGGAGGCUGUGCCGCAUCCCCCCCACGCGCUCCGACUCGGACACGCCUUACAGAGACAUCGCUUCUUCCUUUGUCUCCAAAUACAUCAAGUGAAAGAGGUUUUCCAUCUGAUAGUAGAGAAAGAGACUGUAGCCCCCAAUCAUGUCAAUGCCAUAGCCCCUUCCCCUGAUUCAGUCAAUCUUAAUGAUGAGUUGAAGAAUUACGUGUGUUAGCGCUGGGUUGGAACAAACACCUGCACUGUACACCAUGUAUCUCUCCAGGACCAGGGUUGGUGACCACUAAACUAAGAUCUAGAGUGGACCACGGUCCAUCCGAGAGAAUCAGACCUCUGACAAACCAAGUCAGUGUCAAGAUCUGUUUGUGACUGGUAUAUACUGUAGCAUGUACAUGCAGGUUUACUUUGAAAGGUAGCCACUCCCUGUUCUACCCAGGAUAACUUGGUGUUGUGAUUGAAGACUAACUGGCCGAUGACAUGCAAGAAAUGUACGUAUUUAAGAUAAGGACCACAGUCAUGGAUGAUCAAUGGAUACUACAUUUGUAAUUUGAACUUCCAGUGUAAAUUGCAUGAAAGGUUUGUUAUUUUGUGAAUUUUAUUGUGAUCCAGAAAUUGAUGACAUCAGAUGUGCUCAAAGUUGAAGUAAUUGAGUUAUUUUACAUCAGUAAAAUAAAACAUUUAGUAUUAA